AUGGCACCCGGGUCGAGCAACAACCAGAACAAUGCGAACAACAACAACAACAACAACCGCCAGACGGGGACCAAACCCAAAUCGAAGUCGUCGAAGAAAAACUCGGUACCGCAGGAAAUCGUUGCUCCCACCAGGAGGGAUCUCCAGCAGCAGCUGAAUGUACUCGUCGAUUGGGCGACCGUUUCCGGUGCAUCGUCGGUGGUUCAGAACAACAAUUCCCAGCAACAGCAUCCAUCCACAAGUGGCCAUCAUCAUCAUCAUCAGCAGCAGCAGCAAGGACAGAAUGUUCUGCUGAAACCCCGCAACAAUCGGACCCCCGGUGAAGGCACCUGUUACGAAAUCGAUAAUCUCUCGCUGCAAGAUAACAGCCGCUAUAUUCCGGUGCGCCCGAUCGUGCGCAGAAAUCUGCUUAACGAAGGAACCGGAGGUGAACAAGGGGAACCACACAACACUGCGGUUGGUGUGGUGAUUCCUACGACCCCAAACUCCACGCUACAGCAAACGUUCCGGCUAAACGAGGGAGCAUCCGUCAGUGGAACAGUUACCGGAUCCACCCACAGCAUUAACAACCUUCUGCACGGUGGAGCACAGGUACACGGUACAUCUUCCGGUGGUCCCACUAGUACGGGUGUCAUACCGAAGCAGCAUCAUCAUCAUCAGCAGCAGCAACACCAUCAGCAACAGCAGCACGUUUUAAAUCCCUUGUUACUUCUGCAGCAACAAGGCCAAUCACGAUCGACUUCGUCCCCGUUAAGCUAUCGCGUGCCCGACGGUGCCUCUCAAAACCAGCUUAACUUAAACAAAAACUCUAACCACCACACACACCAGCAGCAGCAACAGCCGAAUCCGCUGCUCGCGACUGCGGCUAUUCCUUCGACAUCAUCCGGUUCGCGAUACGGAACCGCUGCGAAUCCGUUCGGUGCGACUGGUAACGUGGAGGACACGCUUAACCAAAUCCAGGAGUACAUCAAGCUGACCACAAACCUAAUCUCGUCAGUGCAGAUCGAUAACCUGAACGGUGGUCCACGGCCGCAGUCGGUGCAAAGCAUCAGUACGAAUCAAUCGACAACCCCGGUUCCGUCGGCUUCGUGUGACGAACUGCGCUAUCGAAUGGAUGCCCAGUCGAAGAACAUGCAGGCGUUGAAGGAACAGCAGUCUCACCUGCUCCGGUUGCAACAGGCCGCUCGGCAGCAGCUACAGGAAAUGGAAUCGAUCCGCCAGAUGCACGCCACGAGCGUAGCACCGCCAAUCGAGUCUUUUCAGACGGUGGAACAAGUGCAGGAUGGUAUUGGCAGUAUCAUGGAACGAAUGCGGGUCCUCUCGACGUUCAUACAGAACCAGCAGGAGCUAAGCAGCAUGCUUGGUGGGGAUAAUGACACCGAGGUGCAGUCGGACCAAACAAUGCUGCAGCAGAAGUUCCAGGAGUUGCGGGACAAGAAGAGCCAAAUGCACAGCCUAGUGGCUGAGCUGCAGAAUAUGAAUCUGGAUGCGAAUCGGCAGUUUGACGGCGAAUCCGCGGUGGAAACCCGUAAUAUACCGAUCGAGCUGACACACGCUCCGGCAACGGCAUCCGAUGCGAGGAAUGCGACGAAAAUCUUCCUCAACGGUGGUGGCAACACGAUGGAGGGUGCUGCGGUGGCCACGGUUGAGGGUGUUUCAGUGCAGCCCCACCGACACUUGAGCGAGGACGUGCGAAAUGGCCAGGCUUUGGCAGCUCAGGAGGAAGAUGAUGACGAAGGACCGUUGAAUGAGGAGGAAGCAACCGUUCUAAAUGGCACGGCGGACAUGCUAAGCGAGAAGAUCAACGAAAUCAACGCCAUGAAGUCGCAAUUGCGCCGGUUAAAGGAGAUGAUGGAUACAGUGAAGCUGAUCGAGAUGAAGACGGGUCAUGAAUCGAUCGAUGAAGAGGAAGAGGAGGAAGAAGAGGACGCCCCGGAAGACGAAGAGGAGGACGAGUACGUGGAAGGUGCGGCCGCGAUGGCGUUGCAGCAGCAGCAGCAGCAGCAACAACAGCAACGUCGGAGUCGUUCUCGGUCGAUUGGUUCCGCUGGUAUCAUCCUCCUGCCGAAUGGAGGUGUUGUAAAUGAGGCCGAUGGAAGCGAACUGUCCAGUCAGGAGCGGGAACACCUGAACAAGCGUGUCGAAGCGUUACAAGCGAUGACGCAAGAUUUGCGCGAACAAGCGAAAUCGAUCGCCGUCGAACGUGAUCGAUUGAAGCACGCACGUAACGAUUUGCACAAGCGGCGGAACAACGUGCUCGAUCUACAGCAACAAGCUCAGUCGCAGGCUGGUGAGAAGCUGACUAACCACGUUGCGUCGUUCGUCUCUCUGGCCGGUGCUAGCGGGCGUGGAAUACCCGCCGGGCCGAAGGAACGUCAACAGAUGGAGUUGAAAGCGGAACUGGAACAGAAAAAGCGCGAGCUCGAACGGAUCGAAAAGAUGACGCAGAACAUCAAAAAGAGCACGGAAAUGUCCCGCUCGGUGACAACUGGAGCCGCUGGGGUAGGUGCGGAUGCGAGCGAUAGUUUGCACGAGGCAACCCCGCCUCCGCUUCCAAAACCGGCAGGUCCUUCGUCGGUAGUGUCUUCGUCGGUUGAGUCGUGUAGUGGCGGUGCCGGAUCACACCACCGUGGAACACCUUCGGCACACGCCGGUACUAUUCCUCCGGCACCGGCACCGUCCGCCAUUAGUGGUUCGUUGCAGAACAACACAGCCGGAAGUAACGCGACGAACGACUCGAAGACGAACUCGGCGGAUUCGGGUGUUACGUCUGAUAUCUUUGCUCACGCGCGCUUGGAAUCAGCCAGCUAUCAGUCGAGCAGUACGCGCAGUUUCCCGCCACCUAUGCCGGACAUUUGUAACCGGAAUGCGGCCGCCGAUCGGUACCGGGUGAAGCGGGGCGAGAUCGAUGGGGAUGGUGCCCCGGUUGGAGGUGGAUCGGGAGCGAUGGGUCGUGACCAUCGGUCGUCAUCUCCGUGGCCGGUGUUUGGGAAUGGAGCUGGAGCGGGAGGAUUAUCCAGCUCGAAUACGGGUCCACACAGUCCGCAUUAUGGCCAUCCUUAUGGGCCGGGAAUGCACGAUAUUUCACACCACGGUGGGUACGUCGGAGGCGGUGGUGUUGGAGCGGGUGCUGCAUACGGAAGUAGCUGGAGCACGGGUGGUGGCCCGUACGGAGUGGCGGGAAAUUUGUUACCACCGCUAGCGGCCACUCCGAAUACGCCACCGGAUCCGAUCGUCUUUCAGCACAUCAUGCAGACGCAGCAGAUGUUGAUGAACUCGAUCACGCAGUGUAACCAACUCCUGUGGAUCCAGCAGCGAGAAAUCAACAACCUCAACAACGCGGUGUUGUUGCUCCAGGAAAGGAUACUCGGCACGAACAGUAGCCUGUUGUUGCACGAAAACCACGGCCCAACGGUUGCGACGACAUUGAUUCGAGCGGAAUCGACACCUCCAAACAACAGCUCGAUAAACACCUCGAAUGUGGCCACAACAGGAGGCAGCUUGUACAGUCGGGCCCGUUCCGAGCAACCGAUGAUGUCCUACCACCACCAACAGCAGCAACAGCAACAAUCCUCUCCGUAUCAUCAGUCUCACUCGCUUGUAUCGCACGCGCAUCACGGUUCGUCAGGAGUGUUGUUGCAGCAUCAGCAACAACAUCAGCAGACCAUGCAAUCUUAUAAUCAUCCGUCGUUUAGUCCGCUUGCUGGCGGAAUAUCGCAGAGCCACACGCAGAUGUCACCGCAGCAUCUUCCACCGAACUCGCAAUGUCUGGCGAAUCAGCAGAUCCAGCGUAAUAAUACUAACCUCGCGCAGGUGGGUUUGCCACCGAGUGGUCGGUUGCGAUCGAGCGUACGUCCGCUUAACAUUAACACGCUUAACAACGCGCUGUACAAUGACGAUCAGCCGGCUGGUGGUUCGAUGUCGACAUCCACCGCCAACGAGGCAUCGUCCUCGGGCAUUGGGAAUGAAUAUGUUGCCUCGGUUGCGCCCAAUAUGAUCAACAAUCUGUGCAGCAGCAACUCGCAACCGGUCACCCCAACGCCGGGUUCGGUGUUGGCUCAUCAGCAGCAGCAGCAGCAACACCACCAUCAUCAUCAGCAACAGCAGCAGCAGCAUCAUCAGCAACACCACCACGCUUCGAUGCGCUUCGGCCAGAACUUUAACAACCUGAACAACAGCGUUAACAACAACCUGUCGCAGCAGAAUAAUCUGAACCCGUUUAAUCAGCAGCAGGAAGCGCAAGGAGCCUCCCAGCAGCAGCAGCAGCAACAAACGCAAGCCCUCAACAACCAGGUGUUGCCGGGGGUGCGGGCGAAUAAUUACUGGGAUAACUUCCGAAGCUACUCAAGACAAAAUCUCCUAUCGAGCAAUAGCUGCAAAAGCAACGAAGAAUCAUGCUCGCAAAGUGGCAGUGUUGGAGGCGGUAGCACUGGUGGUGGCGGUGGAGGUGGGAGCGGUUCCGGUGGCGGGGGCAUUGGUAGUGGGGGUGGUGGAGCUGGUGGUACAAGUUCCGGUGGAGGAUCAGGAUGUGGCACCGGAGGAAGCAUCGGUGUUGGAGGAGGUUCCGGUGGCACGGGAGGUGGAACCAGCGGUACCGGAAGUGGCUGUAAUACGAUCAAUAAUCAGCUGCAGCGGAAUAAUAGCAAUGCGUCGAAUCAGUAUAUGAACAACCAGAGCAACAAGUACCAGCAGUCGAUUAAUAUAACGCGUAAUAAUUCGUUAAGUAACUCGAAUCAGACCAACAACACGUGUCUCGGUCAGGAAGCUGAACCGUUGAUGGGUUACCCGCAGCAGGAGCAAUCGGUGGAUGAAUGUGGUGGUCAGGUGGAGGAUCAUCUGUUGCCUCAACAACAGGCGCAUCAGCAACAACAGCCUCAUCCUGGUGGGCCGAUACCAUCACGAUCUACGCAGCAACAAUACCAAAGUUCGCAGCAAUCACGUCAACAUCACCGGUCGCAACAAUCUGGCCAACAACAUAUAGCAAUUGCUGUGGGAACACCGAUUCAAUCACAGGCACAACAAACACAUCCUUACCAGCACUCGCAUCAGCAUGUGCCGCAUCAGCAACACGCUUCAGCACCUGGAAUGGCACAGCAACAGCAGCAAUCUCAGCACCUGGCACAGCAGCAGCAGCAGCAACAAUCGCACGCUCAUCACGCACCGUUAAAUCAAUCCAACUCGCUGGAUCUCGGUGAGCUGCAGUUCCACACGAAUCCCAUAAAUCUGGGGCUGGCGAACAAAACGCACCCGAAGGCGAGUGGUCACAAGAAGUAUCCGCUUUCGUUGCGCUCGUGCCGGGAUGCGGGAGCUGGUGGGGAAGGUAGCAGCGGGUGUUACGUGUCCGGUGGUGGGGAUAUGAAUCUCGCCUCGGCUUGUACUUACCAACAUGACUCAAAAUCUACGUCGAAAUUGUUUGAAGCAUUGAAAGAAAACGUGUACCAGGAAGUGAAGAAUCUGAUCACGGCCAACGAGUCCCGGCCGCACUUUCUCAUACAGUUGUUCCGCGAGCUGCAGCUCAUUUCUUCAGAUCCGCUUCGGCAGCGCACGUUGCAGUCGAUACAGGAGCUGUACAACCGGUACAUCGAGUCGACGCUGCAGGAGGAAAACCACGUGAACAAUGUCGGCAGCAACAACCUGCUAGCGUCGACGGGAUCGUCUGGUAUGGCGUCUGAUGGGGUAGUAACAUCCGCUGGUGAGGGAGCUACCGGAGAACCUCGGAAUUCUCCACCGCACGAGCCAAGAAACUCGGAGGAAAGCUCCGUUGAGCUGGAAGUGGUCCAAAACUACACGAAUCUCCGUCAGCAGCAGCAGCAGCAGCAACAGCAACAGCAACAGUAUCAUUUCGCUUCAACCGUAGCAUCCGACGUAGGUCCUUCUUCGAUCGGAGGACCAAACGUUCAAACGGCACCGGGUGGUGAAGGUCUAGGAGCGUCCAUUCCUAACGGUUCGUCGAGCAGCAGUUCUCCUCCGAGCGCUGGUACUCGCGCAUCGUCAAGUCGUCCUUUGAAUCAGGACGAAAUGGUCCCCAUUGCGGUGGCCAACUCGGAAAUUAUCAACAUCAUCAUGGGUGACAUAGUGGCGGUGAUCAACUCGGUAGAUUACAUCAACGAUUCGGUAUUGUUCAAGAUUGCCGGGGUUAUUUGCAACCACGCGGCUGGUGGAAAUGCACCUCCAGCAGAUUACGGAGAAUCGGGACAGCAUCAUCACCAUCAUCACCAUCAGCAUCACUACCAUCAUUUACACUCCCGAGCGGGUCAGUCUUCAGCGGCAACUGCUUCGUUGCUUGCGGCUGCUUCCUUCCUUUCCGCUCAAGGUGAUGGAGAGCAAGGAUCUGGAGGCAUUGGUGGUGGAGGAACCGGCGGGGACGUAUUCAGCAGGGAGGAUUUUCUCCGUCACCUCGAGAGUUGGAAUAGAACGGACAAGGACGAGUUUAUCUCGAAUUUGGAGAACUUCCUCAACAACAUCCUGUUGCGUUCGUCUGCCGUGGAAGGCGCGGAAGCGGAAGAAGAAGAGGACGCCAUUGUGGCACCUGGGGGAUCACAAUCCGCUCCGUAUGGCGAUACUGUGCAACCGGAUGUGAGCAGCGAUGUUGAGGGACAUCAUCCGCCAUCGUUCGGUACCGCAGGAAACGGAGUCGGUGGCGAUCAACGAUCGUUGGAAUGUACGGGUGCGGUCAGUUCUAGUACGUCGAACGUUGUGUAUUCGUCACCGACGUACGAUCUGGCGGAAGCGGAUCAAAUCUGCGAUAUGAUGGAUAAUUCCACCGGUAGCAUGACCGGUUCGAGUGCGAGUGGGAUGGCGCCUGUUGAACAUCCUGGCGCAGGGACAAGCUUUGACGACCGUUGGACUGUGGUGGUGCAGAAGAAACCGGUCGUUUCAGUGGAGGACGAGUCGAUGUUGCGAAUGCAACAACAAUCUCACGGUACUGCCGGGGGAACUAGCGGAAUGAAUGGUGCCCUACCGGGUGCAGCGGGUGGAGGAAACAAUGGCAACAACGUGAACAACAACUGGCAAUCGGAGGAAGUGGCCGAUGAGCAUUUGGAACAGACUGAGGAACACCAUUCGUCUUAUUAUUAGUGGCUUCGAAAGCCCGUGCGUGGAAAGUUGCAGUAGAGCGGAAGUAGUAUUACGUUUCACCCGUCGGUUACCGUCGGCUGCGAGCCGAAUGUUGAUGAUCUUUGACAUACCCCACAUUACGCCCUACGAUCGAUACUUGUGUUUCUCUAGGAGCGCCACGGUGCGGUUUGAGUACUAUUUGUGAAUCCAACGCUAGGUAUACAUACACACAAUUAUAUUCCAAUUUAGUGGACGCAGAUUCAAGCGAUUCGAAGCAUAAU